UUGCCCCACCAAACAACACAGUCCGAAGUAACCCAGGUUUUAGGUGCGGGAGCAAUCGAGGGUUUGGGAGGCGUGAUGUCGGGGUCGGCGAGGGAUGGGGGUCGCGAUCUGGCAGGGAACGGCGGAAGGGAGGUGGCGGUGGCGGCGGACGGCGGGGGGAGGAGCGGGGUGGUGCUGCGGGAGGAGGAGGAGGACUUGGAGGUGAAGCUGCGCAGGAUCAUGGACAACGUCCCCGUCCGAGUCAGCAACACCUCCGGCAGCUCCGCUGGCUCCGGAUCCGGAGACUUCCAUCAGUACCGGCAAAUGAGACGGAGGGAGCAGGAUCGACUUUCCAGGAUGGAUACAGACUAUCAGAAGAGGAAAGCAAUAGCUGAGUUUAAUAUGAGGAGAGAGGAAAGGCUAAAAGCUGCAGAGGAACGUACAGCAAAGAAACGCCUCAAACGCCAAAAGAAAAAGCAAAAGAAGAAGGAGAAGAAGACCAAAACAAAUAAUGAUGUAGAAGAACCCAAGGAUGAAGGUGUCGAAGAACCUGACGUGGAUGGGUUUUCAGACGAUAGUGGUGAUUCCAAGGAGGAAGGUGAGGAACUGAAACAAUAGUGUGGGGUUACUAUUGCAGUAGGCGACUCUCUAGAGUUGUAAAUUGUAACAUUCUAUGUGUUGGGGAAGGUUGAUGCAUCAGAAUCUUUUUAAUCUAUCCAAUUUUGUGAAAGCGUAUA